AUGGCGAGGGCGGAGGACGGAAGGACGGCUGAGGCGGGCGCAGGUGACCUUGUCGCCUUCCUGUCGAUUGCGGGGGAAGAAGUCCUAAUUCUCCUCUACCGAUUCCUCCACGAACCUCCCCAAGCGUGUGAGCAACCUUCUCCUCUCUCUUCCCCGCCCUCCACCUUCUCCUUCUCGUCCCCCUUUUUUUCUUCCUCUAAUUCCACCUCUUCUGCUUCGGAUGGGAGCGCACCGCCUGCUGGCUGUCAUGCGGCCUCCGCUUCUGCCGUCUCUUCGUCGCCGUUUUGUCGCUUCAGCAGCCUGUGCCCGCUCGCGCCGCUGAGUCUAGCCUCGCAUUCGCUCCGUCUUCUCCUCGCAGGCGAAUCUCCGGCGCUGUGGUCACUCACGAUUCCUCUCCCCCGUUUGUUUCUGCCGCCUUUUUCUCCCGCAGAGGCACCGGCGCAGGGCCCCCCUGGCGACUCGUCCCUCAACGAGUUCUCUUCGCCUUUCGCUCACUCGGACGCCGUUUUGCAGCGCGCUUUCGGCUGCUCCAGUCCGCGCUCUUCUUCUCGUUUGGAGACCCGCGACUCCCCUGCGGCGGACUCGUCGCCUCCCUCUGCGAUGCGAGACAGCGCCGACCUCUCGGCCGCCUUUGCCCUUUCCUUUUGCAGCGCCUUCUCCUGCGCGAGCGCCUUCAGGCUCGCGCCUUUGCCUCCCUGCGCAGACGCGUCGCGGCUUUGCCUACGAAGAGAGACAGGCAGAACCUACUGGAGUCCUCAGAAAUGCUUCUCUCGCGAUCGGGAACAGCGAGAGGCCGAGCGAGUGCUGCGGCGCGGCGAAGAGGAACGGAGUUCGCUCUCCAUGGGACACUUUGUCUUCUUUAUCUCAGAGCGAGGCGCUGACUCGCCGGCGUUCGCCUCCCGAAAAAGAAGCGACGCAGACCGCACCUCUGGAGAUUGCAGGGGCCAAGAGAGAGCGGAAGACGCAUACGAACCCCGAAACAUGUUCCCUUCGCGAGCUUUCUUCGCCUUUAAAGAAACAACGAGCCUCGAGGGAUCAAGGGGGGGGGCGUGUACUCCGUACGCCCUCGGCUGCUAUUUUCGCAGUCUCGAAUACGCAUGGAGGUCUCUGCCUCAGCCGAAUGCGGCCGCCUUCGCGCAGCUGCCGAUGUCUGCAGGCUCCUGCACGCCCUACGCGAGCCUCUCUCUCUUUUGCAACGCUGCACUCGGCGACAAGGAGACAGCAACGCGCGCGGAAGGAGAGAGCUUUCUCGGGGGGUUGCACGCCCGACACGCAGGCGAAGAGACGCCGGCAGCAGAAGAAACGUGUCGGGAAGUCCAGCCUUGGCUCCUAAAUGUCCAUCUCCUCCCUUCUGUCUCGGGCUCUUGGCUGGUCGUGGUCUUCUCUGGUUCGCCGUCGCACUUCCUGACUCCGCUCGCGACUCUGUGGAGACUCCCCCAUUGUUUGUCCUCGGCGCCUUUCGCUUUGUCUGCCUCUCUUUGCUCUUCAACUCGCGUGUCUUCUGAUGCCUCAUUCCCUCGCUUGCCUCACGCCUGCCUGCCCUCUUCGCCGCUCUCCUCGCCGCGACCUGCUCAGCCGAGACCUUCUUGCUCGUCUUCUCCUGCUUUUCCUUCCCUCGGCGCUUCCUCCGCGGCCUGCAGGCCUGAGUGCGUUCUCUCGCUCUCGCGCUGUCGCCGCCCCGCCUCCGCAACGAAAGCGGAGGCGUGGAGGGAGAGUGGAGCUUCUCCCGAGCUCGUCGCCCUUUCUUUAAGCGCUCCGCGCGCAAGCGACGACGGCAGGGCUGAGAGCGAGGCAGCCGCCGCGGAGCUGAGGAUUUCCUUAGAAAAUGGGGUCACGCAGGCGCCCUGUCAUGACGCCGCGCUGGAAAGAAGCAGCCUUUCGCCUCUCUUGUGCCGCGGAGAGACGCGGCUUCUGCUCCCUGAGGAAAACAAGGCUCUUCUUUACCGGCUGCCCUCGCUGGCCGCCGUCGCGGAACUGCCUGCACGGUGCCUGGUCAGCGUCGCGGCCGUCGAUGUCUUCGCGCCUUCGGUCUUCUCAGCCGAUUCCGUCCGCCCCUGCUCGGUCCCCCCUUCGUUUUCGCGAACAUCCUUCUCUCCGUCUCCGCGGCAGCCGCCUGCGUCCGCACCUCCCUCGCCUCCCUCACCUCCGCCUCCUCUCCCCUCUCUGUCGCGCUCCGCUGCGCUGGCGGCUGCUUCUGCAGCUCGCCUGGAGUCUCUCUUCUUCCUCUUGACAUGCCCCGAGGCGUGCGGAAAGAGCCGCGGCGCUCUCUGCUGGUGGGCUCUUCGCGCGUUUGACGCCACCGACGGGGAGUGCGUGUUGCUGCGCGUCGUCGAGAAGGUCAGGAGCUCCGCGAGCUCCGCGCGCUCCUCUUUCUCUCUUCCGCGGCUGUCUUCCGCGCCCUCCACUGCUCGUCUGCGGCGCCGCGAAAUGCGCGAGGCCGCAGCCUCCAGCGAUCCAGCGGAAGAAAGAAGAUGCACAGAGAGACAGGGCGACUCCGCGGAGGCCUCCGCGGACAGCUGGGGUCUGCAGAGGCCUGACCGACACGCAGAUAGCGCGAAGACGGCGUUCGCCGGCGCCAGACGCCUCCAGCGCGGCGACACAGAAGGAGAGAGGAGACGCGGGCGAAGCGGCGAUGGGGGAGGCGAAGGACGGCGCGAGGCGCAGAAGAGAGAGGCGAGAGCGAGAGCGUCUUCUGCGUCUCCCCGAGGCGGAAGGCAGAUCGCCCGGGUUGGCGUUUUUGCGGGCGCGGGCAUGAAGGCCAGGAGGCACCAGAGGGGAAGAGAAGAAGGACGCAAAAGGGACUCGGCAAAAGGCGAAGGCAUGGGGGAGAGCGAACCGACGCUGAGACUCGCAGGAAGUCUGCCAAGCGCGUGGCUGCUGUGGGCGAAUGCGCGAUUCAUCGUCGCCAUGCAGGAGCACUGCUGGGGAACGCCUCUCGAAGAAGAGAACGAGAGUUUCGAAGCUGAGGAAGCGCGGAGGAGAAGGAGGAAAUCCAAGAGUCGUGAGAGACUCCGAGACGCGCGCGAAAUGGAAAUCCGGCGCAGGCGGCUCUACAGCGUCGUCUUCUGGCCUGUCCUUGGGGCGUACAGAGAGCGCGGCGGAGAGGACGGACGCCGACGAUGCCGCUGCCCUCAGAAAGAAGGUUUCGUGUCUCUUCAGCGAGGGCGCGGCUGCCCAGCGACCUGCGCGCACCCGACAGGCAGCGCCGCGCAUUCGAGGAUUGGAGGUGGCCGCGCGAGGGCGCGGCGCGAGGAAUCUGCAGCGCGGAGCGGACCAGAAGAGGAGGAAGAAGACGCGAGAGAAGAAGGAGAAGAAGAGGCAGGAGAAGGCCGUCUCGUUCUCCUCGUGGGACGCAAGCGCCAGCGCAUCGCAGGCCGCUGGGGCUGCGCGGCAGGCGCGCUGGUUGACACUUUUCUCCUCUGGACACCCAGCGAGAGCCUCGAGCUCUGCGUUACCGAGUUGACGCGCGGCCUCUCAGAGAGACGCACGCGGCCGCCGCGCCCUUUGUCGGGCUUCGCCUCGCCCUGCGACGCGCCUCCACGUCAGUCGCCGGUCUCAUCUGCGCGUUCGGUUCGCUCUCCUCGCGCCAAAGGAAGUGCUCGCAGGGCAUUCAAAGCCGCAGCGGCAGACUGGAGCACGAGCUGCGCCGCCUUGCCUGCGCUCGCGAGCGAUUUCGGCGGCUUCUCCGCCAUCGCCUGCUUCCCUGUGGCGGCGCUUGCCCCGGCAGGUGGAACCUCCACGCAAGGAGUUCCUUGCUCACGAGGUGAAGAAGGAUGCAGCCCGCAAGACAACGCGAGCAACCCCGACGACGCUCCCUCGCAGCCUAUCCCCUCGCUUUCCGAGGGUUCUUCUUCCGAGCCUGCGGAGAGCGACAUCUUGUCUUUCGCCUCCUGUAUCUCGUCCUCCCUGCUGUCCUCUUGCAGCUCUUCGCUAGACUCCUCGUGGGACUGCUCGCCGCGGGGGUCGAUCGCUUCCCGGGCGUCUCUUGAAAGCGACUCGAGUCCGCCCGCGUCGCGCGCGCAGCGUCGGCGAGCCCCCGAUUGGCCUGUUUCACUCGCACUUUCGCGUUCUCCUGAGUCUCCUUCUGGCGCGUCUUUGACUUGCUCUCUCUCGCGCGGAAGACCGGGCUCGCGGCGCUCGUACCUCGUCGCUGCAGGGUGUUCAACGGGAGGUUUGCUUCUCGCCCUCUUGCAUCGGUCUUCCCCGCGCUCGACUCUCCGCCGCGGGCCUCUGCAGGCCUCGCACACCUCGCUAGGGCGCUGUGGAGACAUGGGACGCAGGGAAGAAGACUCCGCGCGGGAGGCCUCGAGCGCCAGCGAAAAAUGGGCGCUGGACGUCCUCUGGAGCCUCGGUGGAGCGAUGCCCCCCCCAGUGUGCUCCCUCGCCCUGCGGAGGGCCCGCAGGCAGCAGAGAGACGCCAAGGAGGCAUCGCAGGCCUCAUGCAGCGACGAAAGUCUACAGAGGUGCGCGGCACUUGCCGGAGACGACGGCCCAGACGCAGGCUUUGCGAACAUCGCGAGAAGGCGAACCGAGGCCUUGCGAAAGGCACGACAGCCUGGCGCUUGGCAAGGCGACGACAGUGAGAAGAACGAGAGGCGGGACGCGGCGCCGGGAGAUCACAAGCCGCGGCAAAACUUCGAAGAGCGGCGCGACUCGAGAGAGAAAAGAGACCACCACCACCCGACUCCUGUGGCAGCUGCCCUUGCUGGAGGGGGCGGGAAACUGAUUUUUAUCUCGAAAACGCAGACGCACGAAGCAGAGCGCACCUCUGGUGAACUCAAAUUGCUGCUGCAGGGUCUAGACGUCUCACCUCAGGCCUUCUCCGCGGCCCGCGCCUGCGCGGCUUUCCCUGCUCCUUCUCCGGCGAGUCGCGCGUCUUCUUGUUUGUUUUUUUCCGAGUCUGAUGCCUCGCGCGCGCCGUCGUCGUCGAGCGGAGAGGCUGCGAAUCGGCGAUCUGUAUCCGCGCGCGGGAACCAACUCGAACGAGGCAGCCAGGGCCGCGCGCGGGCAGGUGUACAUACACCUGACUCGAGCGAGGGCGUGCGCUGGUGGCGUUCUUGUCGAGGCUGCAGAAGUGCCCACGGAAGUCUGACGGAGUUGGAGUCUGGCGAUAGCUUUUGGUGGGUCUGCAGCGCCGUAGCUGCUCGGACUGCAUGCAGCUGUGAUUCUGCAUGUGCCGUGUUUUUUUACAAGCGGAGAGUGUUUGAGAAAUCGAUAGAUGCCGCUGACUUUGAGGAAUAUGUGUGUCUGUUGGGCACUCCCGCGCAGAAACAAGGCUGUGCGCGCACCUCCGACACCUUAUAG